AUGGCCACCAAGAAAUCCGCCCCAACAGACGACGAGCUGUUGGCCCAGCUCGACGACCUGAGCACGCAGGCCUCGACCACCACACGUCCCUCGACGAAACCCUCCGCCGUCCGGACUCCGCGACAAGGCCAGUCCGCUGCCUCAACUUCGCAGAACGAACAAGAUCUCCUCGCCGAAUUGGGGAACCUUGCCCACCACCGACCGGCGAGUCGACCCGCCACGCCGUCGCUCCGACCGAAUGCCCCGGGGUCGACCGCGGGCAGUAGAUCGCCCGCCCGCACGUCGACUGCGACGCCGCCCCCGGGACGAAGCAGCGAGGAGAAAUCGACCACCGGCACGCGCAAGUCGGGGGAUAGUACGCGCUCGUUCCACCAGGCUUUCACGCCCGCGACGUCGUCGUCUUCGACGGAAGGGUCCGCUGGCGAGCAUGAGGCGCAGCAGCCUGAACCGGCCCCUGUACCCGUCGCUGCUAAGAGUAGUGGAGGUGGAGGUGGAGGAGGGUGGUGGGGAGGGUUCCUCUCGACCGCGACUGCCGCGGUGAGCCAGGCUCAGGCGGCAGUGAAGGAGAUACAGAAGAACGAAGAGGCGCAAAAGUGGGCCGAGCAGUUGAAGGGCAAUGUCGAUGUGCUACGAGGUUUUGGCGGCGAGAUCAAGAACAUGGCCAUCCCGACGUUCCAGAACAUCCUACAGACGAUUGCCCCGCCUAUAUCCUCGCACGAACGACUGCAGAUCCACAUCACGCAUGACCUGUCGAAUUAUCCGACACUAGAUCCACUAAUCUACCAAGUCUUCAGCCGAGUCAUGGCGCAGGUCGAAGGCGGUGAUUUGAUGGUCGUCCAAAGAGGACACGAAGCAGGGCCGAAACGAGGGUCGUCGGAGACCUCACGCCCUCUUGGAUCUUGGCAUGAUGGUCCGUGGUGGAGAAGCGGCGAGCGCAGAGGUAUCAAUGCAGUUCGGGGUGUCGUUGAGGGCAGCAAACUUGCGAGAGCGGCCGCAGAAGGAUAUGCCGAGGAAUACUUUUCCGGCAAAGGUGGAGUCGAAGAGGCUGCCAAGCGAGCCACGGAAACACUCUCAGCCUCAAACCCUACCCGGGACAGCGAGAUAUUCCUGGCCAUCCAAGCUAUCUCGCAACCCGUGCCGAAGGACAUGUUUGCGGCAGCACCGACGUCGGAGAAGGAAGGACCGGUCAAGGAGGCGCAAGAUGACAAGGACAAUGAAGAGGUUGUCUUUGCAGUGUUCCUGCAUGAUCCUAUCCACGGGAUUGCGUUCCAGGCAAUCUCUCAAGCCAUCCCGGGCCAGUGGAUCGAGUGGCUUGAUGACCCGAGCGGCGGAGAGGGCACUUUGCCGGAGAGCAUCGAGGAGAUUAUCUCAAGCGGUGGGAUUGAUCCCAGAGAAUGGGUGAGCGAGUGGGUCGAGGAGACGCUUAGUCUGGUGAUUGGCAUCGUGUCGCAACGAUAUGUUGCUCGGAGGAUGGGUGUUGGCGAAGGUGGAGCUGCUAAGGGCAAGCUCAGAGCCGACCUCGGGCAGCAGGCGAUGGUGCAGAGUGGCGGUGGGGAGGCUGCUCGGGCGUUGGGAGGAAUGUGA